ACUUCGCCAAUUAAACAUUGCAUCAAAAGAAAAGACGAACCCCACACAGAUUUGGCCCAAAGGGUGAUGAAUGCUUAUCUCUUACUAUCUCUACCAACUCCAGCUUUGCGCCAGGCGCCAAAUACCACUGACGGCCAAGAAACUCCAUGCCCAAAUCAUCAAAACCGGCCUAGACCAAUGUGAUCCUCUGCCCAACAGCCUCUUGGACGUGUAUGGCAAAUGUUGUCUCGUUCAGGACGCUCUUCACAUGUUCGACGAGAUGCCCCACAGAGAUCAUGUCUCAUGGGCCUCAAUCCUCACUGCUCUCAACCAGGCCAACCUCCCCCACCUAAGUCUCUCCAUGCUCCCUACCAUGCUAAGGCAUGAUGGUUUAGAACCUGACCAUUUUGUGCUUGCUACCCUUGCUAAGGCAUGUGCUGGACUGGAUGCUGUUAGGCCAGGCAAGCAGGUGCAUGCCCGCUUUCUGUUAUCGCCGUUUCGAGAUGACGAUAUAGUUAACUCGUCGUUGAUUGACAUGUAUGUAAAAUGUGGAUUACCUGAUAAUGCACGCGCGGUUUUUGAUUCAAUUUCUAUGAAAAAUUUAGUUUCUUGGAUUGCCAUGAUUUCUGGGUAUGCCCGAAGUGGGAGGAAAUUGGAUGCUUUUGAGCUGUUCAAGAGGGUACCAGUUAGGAAUCUGUUUUCUUGGAACGCUUUGAUUUCUGGGUUGGCACAGAGUGGUAGUGAAGUUGAUGCAGUUCAUUUAUUUGUUGAAAUGCGAAGAGAAGGGGUUGAUAUGGUAGACCCAUUAGUUCUUUCAAGCACCAUUGGUGCUAGCGCUAAUCUAGCUGUGCUGGACCUUGGGAAGCAGAUUCAUGGCCUAGCUAUUUCUCUUGGUUAUGAAUCUUGCUUAUUUAUAAGCAAUGCACUUGUAGAUAUGUAUGCCAAAUGUAGUGAUAUUCUGGCUGCAAACGAAGUUUUUGGUAGUAUGCAACGAAGAGAUGUAGUUUCUUGGACUUCAAUAAUCGUUGGGGUGGCUCAGCACGGGCAAGCAGAGGAGGCAUUGGCUUUAUAUGAUGAGAUGAUUUCAGCUGGAGUGAAGCCAAAUGAAGUGACCUUUGUUGGAUUGAUUUAUGCUUGUAGUCAUGUUGGAUUAGUUAGUAAAGGCCGUCAUCUAUUCAAAUCCAUGAUUGAGGAUUAUGGAAUUAGUCCUUCCCUGCAGCACUACACAUGCUUCUUGGAUCUUCUUAGUCGGUCUGGGCAUCUUGAUGAAGCUGAGAGUCUCAUCAAUGCAAUGCCAUUGAAGCCCGAUGAACCCACUUGGGCGGCUUUACUAAGUGCCUGCAAGCACCAUAAUAAUAUUGAAAUGGGAAUCAGAGUUGCUGAUCAUCUAUUGAGUUUAAAACCGGAAGAUCCAUCAACCUGUAUACUGUUGUCUAAUAUUUAUGCUGGUGCUGCAUUGUGGGAAAAGGUGUCAAAGGUGAGAAAGUUGAUGGCAGUCAUGGAAGUUAAAAAGCAACCGGGUUAUAGUUGCAUUGGAUUUGGAAAGGAAAGCUAAGGGAGUUAUUUUCUAUUUUCCCUAAAAUUUAAGGAAAUUAGGUUACCACCUUUUUGUGAUUUCUCUCUUUUUGACAUUGAGAACCCAGUUUCAAUUGAGACUUGUGUUUCCAAUA